AUGCUAGAUCAAUGUAAACAUGCUUCUAAACAUGGUAUAGCUGCAGCUGUUAUGAAGGGCAGGGAUGAAAUGUCUCCUGAUGUGAUUGAAGGUGUAUAUAAGGAGAGAGUUGCUUUGAUUGCUAUAGAUGAGGCACACAUAUUGGCAUCAUGGGGUGAUACUUUUCGACCGACCUUUUCAAGACUUAGAGAGCUGCGCUCCCACUUUCCAACUACACCAUUUUUACUGCUGACAGCAACUUACACACCAAAAAUUCUAAAGCAUAUUACUGGAAAAAUACAUCUUCCUAAUAUGAAAAUGUUAACAGCAUCUCCAGACAGGCCAGGUAUUUACCUUGAAUACAAGAGAGGAAAAGACAUUUUUGAAGAACUCCAUUGGCUGUUUGAUGAAAUUAAACAGAAAGGAAUAGCUGCCAGGAAAACACUGCUUUAUGUCAGGAGCUUGGGUCGAGGUGGUCAGCUGUAUAGAGAUAUUUUGGGGUACCUUAGAGAACAUGCAUACUUAAACCACAUUAAGCUUCACCACAACAGCCAUGUUGCUUUGUACCAUGCAGGAAUGGCCAACAAAGACUUAGACUACAUUCAUCAGGAAAUUUCAAAGUCAGGUAGCGUUAUUCGACUGAUCAUAUGUACUAUAGCCUUUGGAAUGGGUAUCAAUAUCUCUGAUAUUGAUACUGUGAUCCACUGGGGAGCCUGUGACUCCAUAAUGGAUUAUUGGCAGGAGGUUGGAAGAGCAGGGCGAGAUGGACGUAGUGCAAAGGCACUAUACUUUUUAACCCCUGGGUCCAUACUUCAAGCAUCUGACGACAUGAAGGAAUUGUGUAGAUCUCUGGACAAAUCCGAGGUGACUUGUUUUAGGAAAUCUAUCCUCCAUCACUUCAUUGGAUACAGUUCGGCACAGUCUGUACCUGUUGCAAGUGAGUGUCAACUGAAAUGUGAUGAGUGUGGAUGUCCAAGAUGCCAAUGCUGUCACAUUUGUCGUAGCUGCUGUCCUUGUUCAAGAACAUAAGAUUUGUACAUGUCUAGAGGAACCAUCUGUUGUCGUUGCCUUGGGGAUAUAAUCCUGAAUUAUAUCAGAUUGGAAAAUGUCUUCAAUAGACUUGCCAACACUCCCUACUAGAUGGCUGCAUCUUGACACCUGUGCAUCUGUGUAUUGCCC